AUGUUAAUCGGGAAAGGACUCGCAACAGGAUUACCUAGAACGAUACAAAAUAACGGCAUGUCGGCAAUAUAUCUGCAAACGCGAAAAUUGAAAGUUAAAAACAAGACACUUACUGGUAAAGCUAUCACUUUAAUACUUGGAAAAAAUUUCACAAUUGGUGAUGUAAAACAGUUGAUUCAAGACAAGGAAGACUACAAAGUUUCAAACGAAGCUACAUUACAUAUUAUUUUGCGUCUUCGUGGUGGCGAAUGUACAUUCAAUUACUUGGACUCCUCCUUAUUGUGCCCAAAAUAUAAUUACGAUUUUACAAAUAUCGAAGAUAAUGAAAGCCAGUAUACGCAUGGCAGGGCUCCGUAUCAACGUUCAUGCGGAUGGAAACGCAUUGCCUUAAAUGUUACCGGGAAGUACGAUAAUGGGGAUGAUACAUGGCUUGGCACUGAUAAAUAUUCUUGGUCAGUGUCAUGCCAGAGUACUGCGAAGCAUAAAGAGAGAUCAAUUUCUGCGGAUGGCUAUUUAUUGAGUAAAGGAAAGCGGUUGCUUUGGACGUGGUAUUCGACGUCUUUUGUGAACGUAGCUAAACUGUAUGCGCCAGAAUUUAAGUUGAAGGGAGAAAUAUGUUAUGAUAUUUCAGAAUCGAGUGAACCCGCCCGACACAACAAGAUUAAUCUUGAUUUGAAAUGUGGGUAUCGACAGAUACGGAAACAGUCCAUAAUAGCAAAAAAGAGGAACGAUGAAAUAUCGCUUCAAGAUUAUUCGGUUGAACAAAUUCGAAAUUUUAGUAUAAUUGCUCAUGUAGAUCAUGGGAAGAGCACGUUAGCUGAUAGAUUACUAGAGCUUACAGGCACAAUAUCUUCAAAUGAACCUCACGCUCAGGUUUUGGAUAAGCUUACUGUAGAACGUGAACGUGGAAUUACGGUCAAAGCGCAGACAUGCUCAAUGUUUUAUCGAUAUAAAGAUGAAGACUAUCUAUUGAAUUUGAUCGAUACACCAGGACAUGUCGACUUUAGCUAUGAAGUUUCUCGAUCACUGUCAGCGUGUCAAGGAACACUUUUGUUAAUUGAUGCUUCGCAAGGAAUACAAGCUCAAACAGUCGCUAAUUUCUUUUUGGCGUUCGGCGAAGGGUUGUCGAUUAUUCCCAUUUUGAAUAAGGAAAGAGAUUCAUCAAUAACUAAAGGCUGGUUCUAUGAAAUAAUUGAUUUGCCAUCUGCAGACCCCGAACGAGUACAACUGCAAAUCGAAAGCACGUUUGAAAUAGAUACCAAAGAAAUUUUAACGAUUUCCGCGAAGUCUGGUCUAAAUGUCGACAUGAUAUUACCUCGAGUUAUUGAAAAGAUUCCACCACCGAUCAGUGACAUUUCAUCACCUUUAAAAGCACUCUUAUUCGAUUCAUGGUACGACACUUAUGUGGGUGUUGUCUGCUUGAUGGCCAUCAAAGAUGGAAAACUUCAAAAAGGAGAUAAAGUAGUUUCUGCGCACUCACAAGUUCGAUAUGAAGUGAUAGAAUGCGGAAUAAUGUAUCCCGAACAAGUGCCAACCGGAUAUCUACAUGCAGGACAAGUAGGCUAUGUUAUAUGUAGUAUGAAAGUCGCUGCUGAAGCACAUGUAGGCGAUACGUUUUAUCACUUUAAGAGCCCUGUUGAACCUUUACCGGGAUUUGAGCCAGCGAAAUCUAUGGUAUUCGCCGGCAUAUUCCCAGUGGACACAAACGAGUUUAACAAAUUGGAUGAAUCGAUAACUAAACUUACUUUGAAUGAUGCUAGUGUUUCAGUGCAAAAAGAAACAAGUGAUGCAUUGGGACAAGGAUGGCGUAUUGGAUUCUUGGGAACGUUGCAUAUGGAUGUAUUUCGGCAACGAUUAGAAGAGGAAUACGAAGCUAAUGUUAUUGUCACUCAGCCGACUGUACCAUAUAAAAUUUUGUUUCGUGAUGGAACUUCGAAGCUUAUAAGAAAUCCUUCAGAAUUUCCCGAAGCUCACGACAUGGCAAAUAAAGUCGUUGGUCUUGAGGAGCCGAUGGUUCUAGGAACAUUUAUUAUACCAGAGCAAUACUUGGGCGCGAUUAUGGACUUAUGUGGUUCACGUCGUGGCGAACAAAAAGAGUACAAUUACAUGGAUGAAACACGUGUAAUUCUGAAAUAUGUAUUGCCUUUUGCUGAAAUUGUUACCAACUUUCAUGACGAGUUGAAGUCGCGGUCUAGUGGAUAUGCAACGUUCGAUUAUGAAGAAAUGGAAUACCAAGCUUCCGAUAUUGUCAGAAUGAAUGUACUAAUAAAUAAGAAACCGGUGGACGCACUUGCUGCGAUACUUCAUCGAUCGCAAGUAGAGAAAAUUGGUCGCGAUUGGGCAAAAAAAUUAAGCGAGGUUAUACCAAAACAGUUGUACGAAAUUAUGAUACAGACGGCUGUUGGUGGUAAAAUUGUAGCGCGAGAAACUAUUCCGGCGCUACGUAAAAAUGUCACGGCAAAAUUAUAUGGAGGCGAUGUGACUCGGAAAAUGAAGUUACUCGCCAAACAGCGGGAAGGAAAGAAAAAGAUGAAAAUGAAGAUGAUUGGAAACGUUGAAAUUCCACAAAAAGCAUUUUACGAUUUCAUGUCGAAAGGAAUCGGAACUGGGUCUUCGAAAUAG